AUGCUGACCUUUACAUCUCUACCGAACGAGUGCGAAUCCGAAAUAUUCGAGCACCUAGUAGAUGAUCGACCAAGCUUAUACAACUGUCUCUUUGUGAAUCGCUUUUGGUGUAAGAAUAUCGUUCCUUUACUAUGGAGAAAACCUUUUAAUUAUCGAGUACCAAAAGCGCACCUCUCUAUCAGGACCUACCUCUCAGCACUGAAUGUCGAGGAACAAAGAACCUUGAUUCCGUUUAAAUUUGGAUACAAUCAAACGCCUCUGCUAUUUGAGUACGGGGCUUACUUGGAAAACUUCAACUGUGGCCUGCUUUUUAAUGUGGCAUCCGUAUGGCUGAAAAGUGAGGGACACAAUGAAGUGGAAUAUGGUUACCGGUGUCAGGCGGUAGUGAGAGCAAUCACAAAAAUGUUGAUGCGCACGUGCAGGAAUCUCAAAUCUCUGAACCUAGCGUCAGCGAUUGAGGUUCCCAACUCUAGUAUAUUUAAGUCGAGUCAUUACGGACUAUCAAAAUUGGUCGAAUUGAGCCUUUGUCUCGAAAACAAUUCGUCAACAAAUAAGCAAGCCCUGGAAAUUCUAAGCUACCUUUCAUCCAUCUGUCGCAACCUUCGUAAGACACAUUUUAUCGUCAGAGAAGAGAUCAACCCCUUGCCCGUAAAGUCCAUUGAUUCAUUGGUUAGUUUAAUUUCGAAUCAACACAAUCUUAAAAUUUUUGAUCUUUACCAAGCAGAAAAAAGCGCUAGCCGAAUUAUUUCAUCGCUUCAAUUCCAACAAGACUCAUUGACAACCAUUUUCUUUUCCAGCAUCAACUUCAGCAAGAUUUCCGAUAGUUCCUUGGAAGUGCUUAUAAAGUGCAAAAACAUAGUUCAAAUAAAGCUCAUCUAUUGUGAUAGUAUUUCGUUGGAUCAGGUUGAAAUAUUGUCCAGGUCACAAUUCACACCCAAAGUUUUAAUCUUAAAUCAAAACACAUUUUCCAUGGACAUUGCUCCAGCACUGAUUAAAAUCUGGGGUUUGAAGUUAAAACAUCUGGACUUUGAUCAACUCACUCAGGAAAUCGUGGAUUCCGUCACAAAUCAUUGCCUAAACCUUUCUAAGCUGACCAUCAAAGGGUCGUUCGAUAACCUCGAUUCGAUUUUACCGUGGAUAAAAAAGUCACGGUUAAAAGCAUUCAGCUUGGAAAGAACAGUCUUUCGGGGUAGACUGUACGGAAAGGAGGAUUUGGAUCCGGUGUUCACAGAUUUGGGGAAAAAUCUACCAAAUUCAUUGAACUAUCUGAGGAUCAAGGGAUGCAAAUUAAUGGAAAAUGCACUCGAGCAAAUUCUGGGCAAUUGUCAACUGAAAUUGUUGGAAACCUUGUUGAUUCAACCUGUCAUGGAACCCAUUGAGCCGAGACAUCUCACCUAUAUUAAGAAUUUUCUGAGACGUAACAAAAGUGUUAAAAAGGUGGAAAUCAACUUCCACAACAUAAACAAAAACUGGGGAGAAGAUGAGGAGAGGAUUUUCAAUGAAAUUAGAAGGGAACUUGGAAUUGAAAUCAUAACGACCGAAGUCUUUAAUUCUUAG